AUGAAGAGCACAAACCGCCGCGUUAAAUCCAAGGGGUUCGUACUGGAUGCAACACUUAGCUCCCCCUACGGAAACGAAUGGGACAUUCUAUGGCUUGGCCACUGUGGAACGAGAUGUGGAAGAGGAACUCCAUAUUACAGACGAUCCGAUGAUCUAACAGCUAUUCCGGCUAGCAGCCUACCGCAGUACUGGGCAGGCCCCGCCAUUCACGAAACAAUUGAUAAGGCUCCAAAUACCCGUCUUGUUUGCCGAACACGUUAUGCGAUAUAUACAAAUGCAUAUGCUGUGACCUAUGAAUCAGCGAAAAGGAUCCUAGCAGCUCUAAUGGUGUUGCCACCUGAUGAGAUCAUCCCUCCCGGUGUAGAUUCAAUAUUUGACGUCUCAUUCGGAAGAUUCUGUGAAAUGGGUAUCUUCAAGUGCUUCUCUUCUUUUCCUUCACUGAUGGGAACUUGGAAGCCUCCUGCUUUGGAUAUGCGAUCACGCCAUUCGGACAUACAGACCCAGCAACAUAUUCUGGGGGAGGUUUCAGAACCCUUUCCAGAGCCCAUAUCACGCGGAGUUGUAUACAGCACGAUGAUAAACAUAGCCACACUGUUGGAGGGUGGGAAACCGGUGAAAUCCGCUGUUGAUGAUGUGUCGCAACCUGAGCUGGACUUGAACUAUACGCGACCAGACCUGGGAGGGAAGAUGUUUGUGUUCGAUGAUGCUACGGCGGUGGAGAAAGAAGUGUCGUUCUGGGCUAGACUUGUUGGACUUUUCGUGUAA